CUCUUUUUAUCCGCCACACAGCUCCCUUACGCUUUCCUUAAAAAACUUACGCAUAAUGGCCUCUAUUUCAGUAAAUGCUUCAGAAUCUAAAGAUCUUUUAAAAAUGGAGCGUGUUGGAGCCCAUUCUCACAUUCGAGGCCUCGGUCUUGACGAUGCACUUGAGCCACGCGCUACUUCGCAAGGCAUGGUGGGUCAACUCAAAGCACGUAAAGCAGCAGGUGUCAUUCUUCGUAUGAUUGAAGCUGGCAAGAUUGCCGGUCGCGCAAUCUUGAUCGCUGGUCCUCCAUCCACUGGCAAAACCGCGAUCGCAAUGGGCAUGGCACAAGGAUUGGGUACCGACGUUCCAUUCACCAUGCUUGCAGCAUCCGAAAUUUUCUCGUUGGAAAUGUCAAAAACCGAAGCACUUACUCAAGCAUUCCGUCGCUCGAUUGGUGUACGAAUUAAGGAAGAAUCAGAAAUUAUUGAAGGUGAAGUUGUAGAGAUCCAGAUUGAUCGAUCCCUGACAGGCGGCUCGAAGACGGGCAAGUUGACGCUCAAGACCACAGAUAUGGAGACCAUUUAUGAUUUGGGUAACAAGAUGAUUGACGCAUUAAACAAGGAAAAGGUUAUGGCUGGUGACGUUAUUGCUAUCGAUAAAGCCUCUGGACGCAUUACCAAAUUGGGACGCUCUUUUGCUAGAGCACGGGAUUACGAUGCUAUGGGCACAGAUACCAAAUUUGUGCAAUGUCCAGAAGGAGAAUUACAAAAGCGCAAAGAAGUUGUUCACACAGUUUCUCUCCAUGAAAUUGACGUGAUCAACAGCAGAACACAGGGCUUUUUGGCAUUGUUCUCUGGUGAUACAGGUGAAAUCAAAGCCGAAGUGAGAGAUCAAAUCAAUGCCAAGGUGGCUGAAUGGAGAGAAGAGGGCAAGGCUGAUAUUGUUCCUGGUGUAUUAUUCAUUGACGAAGUGCAUAUGCUUGAUAUUGAAUGCUUCUCGUUCUUGAAUCGCGCUUUGGAGGACGAAAUGUCACCUGUUGUCGUCAUGGCAUCCAACCGAGGCGUUACCAAGAUUCGCGGUACAAAGUACAAGUCUCCACACGGUAUCCCUGUCGAUUUAUUGGAUCGAAUGCUCAUUAUCUCAACCUCCGCAUACCAACUAGAGGAGAUCAAGCAGAUUUUGACGAUUCGGUGCCAAGAAGAGGAUGUAGAAAUGACUGAGGAUGCAAAGGACGUAUUAACAAAGAUUGGAAUGGAAACAUCCCUACGAUACUCGAUUCACUUGAUUACAGCAGCUCAUUUAGUUGCACGAAAGAGAAAGGCAACUGCUGUUGACGUUCCAGACAUCAGACGAGUAUACUCCCUGCUGCUUGAUGAAAAGCGAUCGGUGCAGUAUCUGAAGGAUUAUCAAGACCAAUACAUGUUUAAUGAAACCAACAACGACAUGGCUGUAGAUGCUGCCAUGGAAAUGUAAAUUACGCUCACGAUAUAUUUUUCCGAAUAACAUACUUAUACUUUUUUUGUGAAAUGAAAACAACAAAACAGAACAAAAAAAUUG